AUGUGUUAUAUGUAUGAUAGAUUUUCAAGUUGGAGACCCCGUCCGGUUCUUGCCAUGUAUGCACACUUAUCACGUAACCUGCAUAGAUGAUUGGUUGAUGCGUUCUUUUACUUGUCCAUCAUGUAUGGAACCUGUGGAUGCUGCAUUAUUAAUGUCUUAUGACGAUUCAGUAAAUAAUUAAUGAACACAGAAAUACAGUAUAAUUAAAAGUAGAUGACUAGAAUGUUUGUUUGGCAGUCGCUGUUACAUUCAACAACUACUACUCUUCCAUAAUGAUGCAUUUCCUGGAUAAAAGUUGGAAUUUGAUUGACCAGUUUCAAAGUCAGAAUUUGAUUGACCAGUUUCAAAGUCAUCUUAUGUAUACAUAUCUCGGAAGCAUCAGUUGCACAACUUAAAAUAUUAAGCAUGAACUAAACCUUGUUACUAUGCAUUAUGGCAUUAGGCUGUAAUGUUAUUUUGUGGAAAAAGUAUGAAAAAUAGUACAGAAUAUGUGGCUGGUAUAUGAACAGGGUCAGUGUUCAUAGGGUUUAGUUCUUACCCAAGUAAAUGUGCUAUUUCAUUAUACCUGGUACAGUACAUGUUUUUAAUUGGCUGCUUAAGUUGACAUUUUAGUAGAUAUGCUCUAUCCCAAUUUUGUUAAUGAAGUAUUACAGUAUAUAUAGCUCUUAAAUGUUCAGGAUAACUAAUAGCUAUGGUUCAUUUUCUGCAUUAAAUAUGGUUAAAAUGGCUUUGGUACAUUUUCACAAACAUUAAUUGUAUCGAAUGGGGUUAUAGGCCUAUACAUUAUCAGCGGUGAUGUCAGCAUUUCCCCUCUAACAGAUGGGCGGUCUCAACAUUAUGGUGUGAGCUUAGAUUAAAUCAGUUUUAGAUCACCUCUAGAUGCCUGAAAAUGGGACUACCACACCAGCUGUCUCUGGCUUAGAAAAUUAUACUACUUUAAAGUGUCACUUUUAUUUCAACAAUAAAUAGCAUUACAUAGCAA